GUUAUGCGUCUAGAAAUGUGGCGAUGACCUUUUCACUAUACAUAAUAGAAAUCCAAGCCCUUGUCAAACCUAAAGCUCAUAUUCUUCUCCUUUCUCCACCAGUCUACUCUCAGCUCCCUCCACUCCUUCAAUCUCUCUCCUCAUCAUGUCGGAAGAUUUCACAGAUUUCUACUACCGGCAGCCGUUUCAAGAUGAUCUACGGCGGACCACCACCGCCUUCACAUUCUCCGGCUACGCCAACGAUCUCUCGAGCACCUUCUCGGCCGAUCAUUCCCACAACAAUAUGCAAAUGUUCGAUCCUACUUACGCCAGCUGCUUUGUUGGAUCCAACGAUCACACCCCAUUCUCCGCCGCCUUCGCCUCCGUUCCCGUAGAGGAUCAGCAGGCACCGGCGGCCAGAGGAGCCGGCGAGACCACGCCAGCCACGCCAAACUCCUCGAUUUCAUCUUCCUCGGCUGAAGCAGCUGCGGCCGAGGAAGAUUCAAAUAAGGGUAACAAAGAAGUGAAGGAAACCCUUGAAGAUGCAGACGAUGAUGGCUCAAAGAAAGAGUCGAAGGCGAAGAAGAAAGGGGAGAAGAAGCAAAGGCAGCCGCGAUUUGCUUUCAUGACCAAGAGCGAAGUGGAUCAUCUAGAAGAUGGGUAUAGAUGGAGAAAAUAUGGACAGAAAGCAGUAAAAAACAGCCCAUAUCCAAGAAGUUACUACCGAUGCACAACACAAAAAUGUCCCGUGAAGAAGCACGUUGAGAGGUCGUACGAGGACCCUUCGAUCGUCAUCACGACCUACGAAGGGCAGCACAACCACCAUGUGCCUGCAACCCUCCGCAGAAAUGCUGACGCGAUUUUCGCCCCCUCAAUGCUAGCUCCGCUGCUGAUCCCAUCAGAAGGCCAGGGAUUCGCUCAAGAACUAUUGCUUCAGAUGCCUCACCUCUACGGCGGCGGCGGCGGCACUAGCAGCAUGUUUCAUCAGCAGAAAUUUAGCAGCCAGCAACAGCAGGUCCACCAGUUUGUUGACUAUGGACUUCUGCAGGAUAUAAUUCCUUCAGCUUUACCUAAAAUGGAGCCAUGAGAGAGACACAGAGAUCUUGAAAGUUUAUUUAUUUAUUUAUAUGCUGAUAUUUUACUGACUGAUCGCUUGUCUGAAUACAGACAUUGCCUAGCUAAUGUAACAUUAUUUCUCUUCUUCAUUUUCUCACUCUCAUCUCUCCAAUUCUCUCCCAGACGAUGGUGUUGUAUCUAUAGCCACAUAUAUAUAAUGUACUAGUACAUUUUGAUGUGCA